UUUUUUCGGGUUAUCUCAUUGUAAGUGUGCCUAAAUACAAAUUCUCUUAAGUUGGCUAUAUAAGGAUGUGUUCUUUGAACAGUAGGGCUCGAUUCUUCGGGGAUUCGGAGGUUACUUUUGAUCCAAACUUUCCUUUUUAUUCUUCACUGCUCCUCUCUUCGGCAUCAGCGAAUUUUCCUAAAAAUCAAGAUUAUUACAAGUGAUGGCUGCUGCUUCUGAAAGUACCACUGAGGUUUAUCCACCCGAAAUUCAGAAGCUUCUCAAAGAGCACUCCAAGUACCAAGAUGCUCUUUCAAUUGCAUUCGCGGCAUGUCAAGCCCGAUUCCAAGAGAAAACAGAACAAAACCGUGUGGCUUUUGAAGAGGAGUUAUCUUCCAUGAGUAAAUUGUAUUCUGGACUUGCCACUAUAAGAGAAACUUCAGACGGGGAACUAAAAACAUUAUAGCGAAAGAGAAAUGUCUCUUUGUGCAGAAUUGGCUAAGAAGGUUCCAAACAUCGAAGAAAUGUCACAGUUUUGUGAAUUUACCUUUGAUCAAAUAAUGAUGAUUAGACGUGUGAUUGAAAGUACUCUUGCGCAAGCAGAAAGGCGCAAGAGGAUAGCUAAUUAUGAUCCAAAAACAGCUGAUGCAGUCAAGGUACUAUUUGCUAAAAUCAAACCGCCGGAACUUGGUCAUAUACUCAAGGUACCAUUAGAGCUGGCGGAAAAACUGAAGGAGAACUUACAAACAACAUCCAACGAUCCUCAAGAACCUUCUGAAGUGCUCGAGGACCUAGAAGCAACCGUGGAUUCACGAGAACCGGCUCAAAUAAUUGAGGAUAUCCUUGGUAAAUUACAAUGUAUCCCUACCAAGAUCAAAUACCAUAGUGAACGUGCUCGGGGUUGUUAUAGAUUGCUUCGAAAAGUGGACUAUUUUAUUAGUGUCUUGGAUUCUUGGUUGAAAAGAGAGAAGAUAAUUAGACAAGAGGAGGAGGACGCCAAGAAGGAAAGAGAGGAGAACAUAAUUAGACAAAAGGAAGACGCCAUCAAGAAGAAAAGAGAGGAUAAUAUAAUUAGACAAAAGGAGAACGCCACCGAGAAGGAAAUUGGGGAUAGAGCUAUUAGAGUGGACUAUGGACCAGCUCCACCUAAGGAAGAUUUCCAGUCGAGAGGACCUCGAGGAGGUGGAGGCGGUUCUGAUUCAUCCAAAAGGUUAUACGUAGGUAACCUUUCAUGGAAUGUUGAUGAUCAAGCGCUUGAGAGUUUGUUCAGUGAGCAAGGAAAAGUAUUGGAGGCCAGAGUUGUGUAUGACAGGGAGACUGGUAGGUCAAGGGGUUUCGGGUUUAUCACUUACGGCUCAACCGAGGAUCUCAACAAUGCACUUUCAUCCUUAAAUGGCGCUGACUUGGAUGGCAGAAAUAUUCGAGUAUCUGUGGCUGAAGAGAGGCCAAGGCGCUUUUGAACACAUCAGAUUUUCACAUUCUCCAUUAAGAAAAUGCCUCUUGGCAUAGUUUUGAAACCUUGCUUUUCCCAGUAACUUGCUUGUAUAUCAAAUAGGCGUGUAAGCCGAACACCCUACACCUGCCUGUGGGAGUGAUUCGAACCAAAGAUCUGAGUAUUUACUAGGCCCCUUGCAUUUGGCCCUAGACUGUG